GUGUGGACGAUUUUCAGUCCAUUUUAACAUCUUGAUAUCAAACACCAUUCAAGAAACAUUCCUGCGAGCUGAGCUACUUAGUUUCCUCAGAUUCGUUCAAAAGUGUAGCUAGCUAUUCGCUCUAAGGGAGAUUUGAUGAUCCAAGUAGAUUUAAUGAAACUUACUGAUAGUGAUCAGCUUAAAAAAAACCCUGACAUUUUAAAUAUUGAGGUACAUUAAUCACUAAUAUAUAUAUAUAUGUAAAUACAACUAAUCACCUCUUCUGAAUCACUUUUGAGUAGGUGCUCUUUUUCUUUUUUUAGCAAACUUCUCAGAGGAGCUCUGAGCCCUGACACAUAACCUGACUGACAUUACUGACUCUGCUGCUCCAUUUCAUUAACUUGUUAUUGUUGAGUCAUUUGUGUAUUGCUUUGGCUUCACGCUUGUGUGCUGACGUACAAGUCAGUUUAUUUGGCAUGCCCACAAAGUCAUUAUCAUGACCUGUGCUUAUGAUGACACGCGGGGCCUGACUGGCUCCAGGUAUAGUUUAAUCAUCACUGUUGCAAUGUUGUAAACAGUCUUAUCAGUCUUAUCUUAUCAGCCUGACACAGGUUGAUCCGACUCAUAUCGACUCCAACUGAACCAAACGUGACUUAACUGCAUCACUAUUUUUAUGGAAUAGAUUUUUUUAAUUUACCUUAACCGGGUUGCAGAGGCAGCAUAUAACUUCUAGGAAGCAGAGUUUGACCGGGAAAUUAUUCCAUUACGUCAUAUUAGCAUUGAGACGUUUGCAGUCAGGUUCUCUCAUGUUAGCGUUCGUCUGUUAGCUUGGUAAUUCAGACUGUUAUCUAUCAGUAAUGGUAAAUGGUCUCGUUUUCAUUGGUUCUCGCAGACACAUCGCCCCAUUCGCUCACACAAGCGCACACAUUCACACACCAGUGCCACGCAAUGGGACCAACUGGAGGUUCUUUGUCUUGCUCAAGGACACUUCAGCAUGUGGCAGAUUCCAGGGUUCAAACCGCCAACCGCCACAGUCACUCACAAGCACCAAGUCAUCAUCACGGUCAUGUUCUGCCCCUUCAAUUCAGGCCAAAUUACCCAUGUCACCUGCAUUUAAUGCAAAACAUCAACCAAUAUCGCAUAUACAUCCGUAAUUAUUAUAAUAGCUAAUUAAAGAAUACUUAUGUUUACACUUACAUAGCCUAAAUUAGAAGUGUAACUCAAAAAAAAAAAAAAAAAAGAAAGAAAUACAAAUACUGGAUGCUUUGCACACCCCUAGUAACUUCAUAAGAUGUUCUUAGAAAUCUCAUUUCCAUGUCACCUAACAAAGGUUGGACGUGCCUAUGAAAGCUGAGGAUGGCCACUUGGAGCUAGGUCCAAGUCAUUCCUCAUCACUCUUCAAGUUAAACCGUCCAACUUUACAACAGACAAGCAAGCAAACAAGCUUACGUCCCUGUACAAAAGUCAACUCAAUCUCAAAAGAUUAAAGACAUUUCUCCAUUUAGGAUGACAUAAGUGGUGGUGCAUUUUAUAUAACUUAUAUAUAAAAUUAUAUAACUUAUAAUGGCCCAUUUAAAUCAUAUCAAUCAUUAUAUCAUUACAACAUCCUACUUCCAGACACCACAGGACACCCUCAGAAGGUCCAUGUCCAUGUCUAUGUCCAUGUUUUGGAGGCCACAAGGAAGACCUACACAAUAUUAGGUGGUCAUAAUGUUAUGCAUAACAGGUGUGCAUACUGCGCAACAUGAAAUCUUAUGAGGUGAUGGGAGUCAUAUCUCUUUUUUUACAGGCUAUGAUUAAACAAACUGAGUGAGAUCACUUUUAUGGGCUUCCACCCUCACUUCCUGACAGCAAAGUGUUUGAUUUACAUUUUGUGGAGGGGAUGUCACUCGAAAAUACCAGUCAUUAAGGCUCAAAACAUUACACAACCUUCUUUCACCCAGGAAGUUAAAUAUUUGACAUUUACAUUCAGUCUUCUCAUUUCCCCACUGCUGCUGCUGUCUUUGACUUGAGAACAGCUUCAGAGAGGCGGAGCUGCCGCGGCUAUUCACGAGAAAAAGAAAAGAGAGGAAAAAAAAAUAAAACAAACGCCUUGGUGUUUUAGUCAUCAUGAGCACUUGGGAAAACAAAUAGGGUAUUUGAGGUGUCCAACAAGCCCACAGAUUUAAUGAGAUUAGAUUGCAUGGCGCACGGUGCAGCGGCCAGAGAAUAUCUUCCUCAAGAUCUUUGCGGCACAAACAAGGCACGCAGACAAGUGGAAAGGUUACCGCCUCGACAUGGCGAUACAUCACCUCGACUUUUAAUUAGACGCCGAUUUCUACAACUUCAAGUGUGUUUCGGAUGUUUAAAAUGCGCUUUGGCACCGCGCUGGCGCUCCUUACGGCCGUGGUGUCUCCGCUGCUGCUGGAGUGUACCACUACCACCAUCUGUCAGAUGGGAAAUCCAAAUGAUUAUGUUGAGGGACAGUGUCCUGUGAAAAUGACCUCAGUCCCGUCCCAGGCUCCCGGAGACCCUUACACCACAUGUGUCUCUGUUCAUGUUUGGAUCAGUGCUGAUGAUCUCCGUAAGUCCCCGAAGAUAGAAAUUCUCUCACCAGUUAAAAAGACACUGAAGCCUACCCUGAGAAACGUGAACACCAAGAAAAAGUGUGAAACACGUCGAGACAAAUGUCAAGUGAGUUGUGACACCAAUCUUGUGCAGCAGUUGCCACACAGCAAAAAUACAAGUUCUGGUCUGUGGAAGCUGGUUCAUGAUUGUGUCACAGCUACGGAUCAAACUACUGUCAAUGUGUCCUACAGCACAAAAUCAAAAAGCUGCAGCGUCGCUUACACAGUGUCAGACCCCAUCCGACACUUUGAGCUGUCUGUGAACCAGGCGAAUAAAUCCAUUACUGUCACCGUGGGCACCACAGACAGAGUCUAUACCAGAUGGUGUUACCAGAAAAAUUCAAUGGACUGUCUCGGUGGGCCAGAAUCCCCACAAAUACCCAUUGAUCCGUCUCGAUCUCGAUCAGCUGUUCUUAAAGUCCCUUACAUGCUGCCCUGCCUUUGCGUACAGGUAUAUUACACCUACACAGACGCAGCUCGAUAUAAAGAGUGCCCUUUUCAAAACAAACGCCUCAUAGAUAUCAGAGAUGUCUGGUCCUCCUACAAUCUCACGCUGUAUCAGUCGAAAUUGAAGUGGAGUUCAGAGUGUCCUGCCAGCGACCUGAACAUCUCUGCCUCCCUCUGCUGGAAGCAGAGCGAACACCUCUGCGUCCCCGUACUCGACGUGCUGGAGAAGAAAGACGGGCAGAGCUUGACGUUCAACACAUCUGCAGUGGACAAACACCCUCAGAUGUGUUUGCAGUUUUCUCUAGAAGGCAGCUCUAGUAUCGCGUGCCCCUUCCAGGCUGGUAUGUCAUCUUGGAACGUGUACAUCGGACCGGGCGUGCAGAGCAUAUCGGUGUAUCUCACCUCUUCUGCACCAGCAAAGUUCUCAGCUCAGCUCUGUGCCCUUUCUGAAAGAGGAUGCUCUCCCAUAGGGCUGGCCCACUCAGUCACAGUGGAAGAAAAUGCUAUCGAGAGGAGCAUAAAUGUGCCCCUGCCUUCUCUCGCUGAGAGGCCGUGCGUGAAGGUGUGGCAGUCUGACCCCGCUUUGCAUGGGAGAAGAAUUCUGUGCCCCGACUACACGCACAAAAGGAGGGGACUGUAUGCGACGGCGGCGUUGAUCUUUGUGGUUGUUGUUGCAUCGCUGGUAAUUUUCAUCCAGCGUGUUACCAAGAGCGGAGCCACAGGCGGCCUCUAUGUCCAGAAGCCUUUGCUGCUGGUGUGUUCGUCAGACCAGUCGGCCCACGUCUCCGCUGUUUGCGCAUUUGCCUCAAUCCUUAAGGGGGAGCUGGGUGCCACGGUGCACACGGCUCUUUGGGCCCAGACCUCACAAAGUCAAGGUGGGACGGCUGUGGCGGACUUGGGUCCUCUACCCUGGCUCUAUGGGCGGUGGGAAGCCGUCAGAAGGGCACAGGGAAAGAUGCUGAUUAUGUGGAGUCCUGAAGCCAAGAAGACAUAUGAGAGUUGGAAGGAGGAGAGGUCCAGCAAGGAUAAGAGGAACAAGGAAGAAUACAGGAAAGCAGAUGCGGAACGUGAGAAGAUCAGAGCAGAGGUGGACGAGGAUUUGAAGCGAAAUGGAAGACGACUGGGGAAGAGCAAAAAAGAGAAAGCUGCAAGAAAAAAAGACUUGGUCAAAUUAUGCAAUGAUCAAGACUCUUAUCCAGAGAAGGAGCCCUCUACAGUGAUACAGCCAGUGUUUAUGGCUGCCCUGGCCUGCCUUGAGGGGGCGCUGCAUGGGGACAAAGGUCAAGGCGUUGCCAUUGUCUAUUUCCAGGGCCUUGGACACGACAGGGACAUCCCAAAGGACUUCAGAGGUGUCCCCCGCUACUGUUUACCGCAGGAAUUCAGGGGUUUAAUACAAGAACUGGGAGAGUUAAGAAGACACAGCGGUAAAGCUGGGUGGCCCUGCUGGCCCAGGCUCCUGUCUAAAGUGCUGUCAAUAUGGCUUGCGCGAAGGCUGGCUCAGAGGCUGCAAACGCUGCUCCCUCAAACGCAAGGAAGAAAAAUGCCAAGGACCAGGGUCGCACCAUCAACUGAAAUGACAUCGGAUAAAACAAAGAGCAGGCUCAAGUUGCCGCUGGCAGCCGGGCCAGAAACUGUACAGGAGCUUCGCCACGGGUCGCUGUGCAGCUCAGAGAAACUGUAAUCUCAAGUUUCUUGUGACAGACGUUUUGCUGAGAACACGAUCUCUGAGACACAGGAGCUUGGUGUUCCCUUGCAAGCACCUUAGGGGCGCCACUCACUCAGUAGAAACUAUUCUUUACUUAUCAAAAAUAACACCACUUGUUUUGCAUAUUAAGGAGAAGUAAACACACUGCUUCCUGCAUUUAUCCUCUAACAGAAGGCCCUUUAUGCCUAUGCUUUCGUGACCGAGGACAUAGCGAACACCUGCCUUAUCUCUGUAAAUAUGCUAACCACUAUGAAAAUCUUGUUGCAAAUGAUAUCUUGUGUUCUUCGUGAACACAUUUAAUGUUUGGAAGUGUCGUGAGAGCGCAGGUGACAGACAGGUUGCGAAUUUGCGUAGGAUUUUCUAAACACAGACGUUCAGCCACAUCUGUGCCAAGAUUUCCAGUGACGGAGUGGAACAGGUGAAAAUAUAAAUCGAGCUUAUUAUUAGCGCUAUUAGGAAGGGUGGUUUGUGAGCUGAAGGUCGGUUUUGACUUCAUCCUAUUAGUUGUAAUUACCUUUAGCAGUAUUUAAUAGGACUGUUUGCCUUUCGCAGGCAUACUACCUCCUACAUUUCGAAACAAAACAUAAACCUAACAAAGUUCUCCACGCUGUACCUCUACAGUCAGCAGAGUGUUGCGUGGUUAGAAGAUUACUUGAAAAAAGUGUCAUAUAUAUAAGAUUUAACUGUGCACUCCAUUGGGAGAGGUAAGAGUGAAAACCAGUAUUAUUCAAAUAUUUCAACGGCAAAUAUACCAUGCAGUGACUGCCUCAAAAUCUCAGAGCAUUAGCACUAGAACGCCGUCCCUGUGGUACUUUCCCAUGUCUUAUUUUUGCUGGAGAGAUGCUAUUAAAUUCAACGGUAACCUUUAUGCAAAGCAGAUUCAAACGGUAAACCCGCGGUCUACACACAAAUGUCACUGCCCCUUGAAGAUAUGUUUGCUGAGUGUCACCUAGCUCUGUAACUUGUUCUUACUAACACCGUUGGCAUUAUGAAAACACAAAUGUAAAACAAUAAAGGUUCUUAACACUGA